AUGAGGAUAUCGAAAAAGAUUCCAUCCCUUUGUGGAAUUCGAUUUUGGCUUCUAAGCCUUGCAGGAGCUCUUAUGUUUUUAGUAAUAUGGACACAGCUGUCUGAAACUAAUGAUAGAUUUCCUAGUACGAGUUUUCAACAGCCUGUAAGAAUUCCAAGGAAAGGCCCUGAUGAUCCUCCAAUCCUAGCUUAUUGGAUAUUUUGCUCAAAAGGAGAAGGGAAAAGAAUCUUGAGGUUAUUAAAAGCUGUUUAUCAUCCAAGAAAUCAGUACCUUUUGCACCUUGAUUCUUCUUCGUCCGACCAAGAAAUGAUGGAAUUAGCCCUUUCUGUGCACUCGGAAAAGGUUUUUCGCGCAUUUGGGAAUGUUAACGUUGUAGGAAAAAGUAAUCCAGUCAACCUGAUGGGGGCGUCGGCCCUUGCUGCGAUGCUUCAUGCCAGCGCUCUGCUUCUUAAACUUUGUACGACCUGGGACUGGUUUAUUACAUUAAGCACUGCAGACUAUCCACUCUUUACUCAAGAUGAUAUCCUCUAUGCUUUGAAGUUCUUGCCUAGAGAUCUCAAUUUUGUGCAUUACACAAACAGCACUGCCUGGAAGAAGAGACAUGAUGUUGGCAAGAUUGUCGCAGACAGCAAUCUCUAUCUUAAGGAGAAGAGUGACAUGCUCUAUGCUGUAGAGACUAGAGAAAUACCAGAGGCAUUUCAAUUAUAUGGAGGUUCCCCAUGGAUGAUAUUAAGCAGGGCCUUGAUAGACCAUUGUGUGAAUGGAUGGGACAAUCUUCCUAGAAAACUAUUGAUGUACUUAACAAAUUCACUUUUCCCACUUGAAUCCUAUUUCCACACAAUCCUCUGCAACACACCGGAAUUUCUAAACACGACUAUUAACACUGAUUUAAGGCCAUUAAGAGAAAAUGAUCCAAUCAUGUUAGAAAUUGACAACUACGUUCUAAAGCGUCCUAAAGAAGGGGUAGUACCAGGAAAAUGGUGCAAGGGCGGAAGAAUGAACGAUAGCACAAGAAUUCAAAAUCCCUAUGGAGAUUUGUGUUCGACAUGGGGAGACAUCGAUCCCGCUGUCGUCCAAUAUCCACCGUCCAUUGAUCCCCAAUCCCUCGAUCUCCUCCAUUUUUCUGCUACUCCUCAAUUCCCCGAUAACCCGAGCCUUCAAAUUCUCCGUUAUAUCUAUCCAAUUUUGUGGUUUCAAACUAGUUUGAAGUGA